CAGGACCUCCUUCGUUAGAGGACGACGACUGAGGGCUGCACCCUCUUUUCCAGACCGGACUCAGAGAAGUGGACUGGCCCUCCGACAGGACUGCAGGACAAGCCUCACUGAUAGCCACACACUACCUCGGUAUCCUCGAGGGUCUCCAGCAAGAAGCUUGCUGUGUGCAGGACUAACGUGGAAGCACCAUGGAGCAGUACACAGCUGGUAGCAAUAGCUCCACAGAGCAGAUUGUGGUGCAGGCCGGACAGAUCCAGCAGCAGCAGCAGGGUGGUGUCACUGCUGUCCAGUUGCAGACUGAGGCCCAGGUGGCAUCUGCCUCAGGCCAGCAAGUCCAGACCCUCCAGGUAGUCCAAGGGCAACCAUUAAUGGUACAAGUCAGUGGAGGCCAGUUAAUCACAUCAACUGGCCAGCCCAUCAUGGUCCAGGCUGUCCCCGGAGGACAAGGUCAAACCAUCAUGCAAGUACCUGUGUCUGGGACACAAAGCUUGCAGCAGAUCCAGUUAGUCCCGCCUGGGCAGAUCCAGAUCCAGGGUGGGCAGGCUGUGCAGGUGCAGGGCCAGCAGGGCCAGACCCAGCAGAUCAUCAUCCAGCAGCCUCAGACGGCGGUCACAGCUGGCCAGACACAGACACAGCAGCAGAUCGCCGUCCAGGGGCAGCAGGUGGCACAGACCGCAGAAGGGCAGACCAUUGUCUAUCAGCCAGUCAACGCAGACGGCACCAUUCUGCAGCAAGUCACAGUCCCUGUUUCAGGCAUGAUCACCAUCCCAGCAGCCAGUCUGGCAGGAGCACAGAUUGUACAGACAGGAGCCAACACCAACACGACCAGCAGUGGCCAAGGCACCGUCACCGUGACACUGCCGGUGGCAGGCAACGUGGUCAACUCGGGAGGAAUGGUCAUGAUGGUGCCUGGAGCAGGCUCUGUGCCUGCUAUCCAAAGGAUCCCGCUGCCUGGGGCAGAGAUGCUCGAAGAAGAGCCCCUCUAUGUGAAUGCCAAACAGUACCACCGUAUUCUUAAGAGGAGGCAAGCGCGGGCCAAGCUCGAGGCAGAAGGGAAGAUUCCAAAGGAAAGAAGGAAAUACCUGCACGAGUCCCGGCACCGUCACGCCAUGGCCCGGAAGCGCGGUGAAGGUGGACGAUUCUUCUCUCCCAAGGAAAAGGACAGUCCCCACAUGCAGGAUCCAAACCAAGCUGACGAAGAAGCAAUGACACAGAUCAUCCGAGUGUCCUAACCCCACUCAGGCGACGCAGUGGAGCUGAUCAAGGUCGUGUUCCUUGCCUUUCCCACCGUUCCAGGAAAUGGAUCAACUCUUCCGACGGGACACUAAUGAUCACACUCUGCCCUUUCCUACAGGACAGAAACCACUUAAUUUUUAAUAAGUGGCUCAGUAUUAUAAUUGCAGCAGUGUCUGGGAAAUUGAAGUUGCCAGCCUUCGUCUCACCCUUUCAGUCAGGACCUGUUCCCAGCUGUUGAAGUCAUUGACAUUUCAUGAAUUAGGCUGAUACAAGGAGACAGUUGCCUGCCCAGCAGUACACAAGCACUUACGUGGGCUGGUGAAGCCAGCCAGCCAUCUCUGCAGAGAGAAGUGCCCUUCUCUGCCGAACUGUGAUGGGGGAGCCAUAGCCUGCUCCUUCCCUGGAAUCUAGAUGCAUCCCCUCUUGGGGGAUCUCAGGCUGAUUGAAUGAAUAGACACUUCGUAGUCAGAGGUGACUUCCCAUGAGGAAGUUUCAGAUUGUGACAGAAACAAUAAAUUCUUGGAGUUAUAUUCAUCUGCUCUGUGGUAGUAAGAAUCUCUAUCUGCCCAGAUGUUGGGUAGAUGUUUAAGACACAGCACCUGAAUCUUUUUUUUCCUGUGAUUUUCUUUUCCCUCUGUUGAAACAAUUUCAACUAUAGUUCUGGCUGUAGCUAUUUUUAAGACAACUUGGGGGGUAUUGGACCUUGAAACUGCAUUUCCUAAGUAGAGAACAAACUCUCCAGCAGCCCCUGUGCAAAAGUACCAAGGACAACAUGUAUAGUGAAGUACCAAAAACGGAGAGACAGACAAGAAAUUUUCUAUCAGGUUUUCUGACAGUGCUGGGGGACCAGGUGGUUCGUGUAUCUUACUAGGAGGAGAAACAGUGCCCCGUGUGUGGACAGAAAGCAAACUUCUCCAUAGGAUGGAUGCCAGGGUGGAUCACUAAGAUGAAAAGAUUAAUACAGAUUUACAUUUAAACCUUUUAAGGCACACUGACAGGAGAAGUCAAAUUUGGUCCUUGGCAGUUUCAGGAAAACACUUCACUCACGCUGUCCUGGGCAGAGGCUAGGUGCCCUGCAGAAACUUGAGGUGUGAGCGCUGGCUCAAAGCCUGCCCCAGAGAGCGUCCCUGCUGUGCAGCCGAUUCUCGGGUGCUGUUGGCUUCCAUUUCCCCCUCUCUCCAUAGGCCUUGUGCAAGAAGGUUCUUCCUGGGCACCCACACUGCAGAAGUAAACUGCAGACUGGAAAUAGAGGUGCCUGUGGGGCCAGAAAAGAGGCCAGUAUUCCCAGGAUGGGUCGGGCCUCCGAAAUCGUACCUUCUAAAUGUCGAAUCCUGGAGAGAGAACCAAAGUGAUUUCAGAAGAGUUGGCUGCUUUCUCUGGAAACAAGGAACACAUCAAUUAUGAAGACCUUUAGGAAUUCAAACACCAAAAGCAAAGACAGGUCAUCCUUGACGUUACUCUAACUGUAUUAAUUCAGAACAGACAUCGGGAACUACCAUUGUAAUGGCAGAAAUAGAGAUGCAGAACUAUGCAAAACUGCAAGUGAAAUAGCUUCCUCCUCCUCCUGGGAGUCUCAUCCCUGUGGCUUACAGAUGUGCAGGGGGUUGAGCCCUGGGUAAGCUCACUAGAAACUUAAGCUCUGGACAUGAGUUUCAGGUACUGACAGCCCCAAGUGUUUCAGGUAUUACUCAAAGCAGAGCUUGUAUCUCUCGGUUUAGGAAUCUAAGCUGAAAAGUUCAGAAAGAGAUACCAGAGACCCAGCUUCUAGUGCUUACGAGGAUGGUUCAGAAAUUCUGUUUACUUGCAUAUGUAAGUGUGUACAUAGUAAAUCUCAGAUUGUUGCUGGAGUUUUUCUUUCUGAGGGACGAGUUUGAAUCUUGUUUUGAAAUGAAAUGUUUCAACUGUCAGUCGGUCCCUGCAUUUCAGUUAACUCAUGACCCUUGUUAUUGUGGUCGUUUUAGCCACCACAGUAGCCCACAAGGUGGGGAAGGAGGGCUGGCUGAUUUUUUCUUUACCGCUAGUUCUUUUACUCAUUUGCCCUUGUGACGGCAGUGGUGACCUCACAGAUGCAGAGUGAGUGGACAGAUGAAUUGGUCUCCGGCAUAGUUACGUCACUGUUUUGCAGGGUGACUGUAAACGUGUGUAUUUUAAUUGCAGUGGCACACAGAGUGUGUCCGUGUCUGUACCAGCAGACCAACAGCGUUUGCUGGCUACAGGGUGCCCCGUCACAAUGCCUUGAUUCUCCUUUGGGACUCAGCUUUGUGCCCCCGGCAGAAGGGGGACUCCAGGUCAUCCAUCAUUGAUGUCAUUGCAAUUGCUAUUUUUUAAAAUAAAUUUAUAAAAAUACUAAAAAUAA